GAAUUGUAUAGUAUUGUUCUCGAAGGCCUUCCGAGUGUAACCGAAGAACUCGGAAGGCCUUGGAAAUCAGAAAAUUGGUCUAGGUUAUAUAAAUUCAGACUACGAGAAGAUGGACAAGUUUGUUGUGAGAAAAAAGAGGGAUAAUGGAAUUGAUAAACCCUUAGAGAAAGAGAGAAAAUGUUUGAAACAAGCAACCAUUGAUUCUUUAAAGGGAGUUGUUGUUGUUGAGGAGAUUAGGAGAGCCAAGGCGAUUCUAAAACAGUCCACCACAACAGUUGAUCAGAUGUUAGAAUGCUUAUCAGAUCUGGAGAAAAAGAUACCCCCAAGGAAAAUCCUACUGGAGACAAAAAUAGGAAAUGUUAUCAAUAAAUUGAGAAAACAUGAUAAUGAAGAGGUGCGUCAACAUGCCAGACGAGUGUAUGUCAAAUGGAAAACUCACUUUGUGGAACACCGAGAUAGGCCACAGAUAGAGGUUCAAUGUGAUCUCAAGACAGAGAAAACGCGGAAAGCCGGGAGGAAGUUCAUAUCCGAGGCAUUAGCGGUGCCUACUGAUAGGGGAUUGCCAGAGAUCAUUGAGAGAGAAGUAUUUUUAAUCAACAACAGAUUUCUCAGUGGCCAUUAUAAGAAAACUAUGAGGAACAUGUGGUUCAAACUGAAAAAUGAUCAGACUGUCAAAGACCAAGUGUUAAGUUCGUCUUUGUCUGUGAAGGAAUUUGUACAGAUGUGCUCACCAUCAACGACUGCAGUGUCAUGAUCCAGAGAAUAUUAGUGCUUCUUUCCUUACCAUCUGAUGUUCAGUGUAUACAUUGUUUAUAUGUUUAAAAAAAUAUUUUCCGUAAAAUUUUCA